AUGUCAUCACGCCCUAAAUACAACAACAAAAAUAGCAAAAAUGACCAAAAUGACAAAGAUCCUUUAGCCACCUCUAACUUAAUUUCUCUUCUCACGGCGGCCUUAAAUCCUGCAUUUUAUGGUAUCGAUUCUUUGGAGACGUUUUCCUCUUGUUUUCAAAGGCUAUAUAAAUUUGCUGUUAGUAUUACCGGAUCCACCUUCACCUUCGAUGUAAAGUUUUUCUCCCUCAAUAUUCAAGUAGACCCUUUAGUCGAAGUUGAAGACGCCACGGUUGUGCUUAAAUUUCAGGAUAAAUUGGGCAAAAAGGGUAGGCCGCCCAAAUGCCAGGAAAAGGAAGAUAAAAAUGUAGUGGAGAAGAUGAUGGAGGAUAAAUUGAAGCCAGAAGAUAAAUCGACGGAAGAUAAAUCGAAGGAAGAUAAAUCGAAGGAGGAUAAAUCGAAGGAAGAUAUUACGGAGAAUGAUGAAUCGGCCCAUGACCAUGAUGAUGAAGAUAUUGAUGAACCAGUCAAAAAAGAGGAAAACAUGUCGAAGAUGCUGGAGACGCUGGAUGCUAAAUUAAGCAAGCAUCCUAUUGCUUUUCACUUUCUUGCGUUUUUAAUGCAAUGUAUCCUCGCAGUGGUCUUAUCUCCCGUAUAUUUCUGUAUUCUUUUGUUGCAUUAUUCUUUCUUUUUCUUCCAAGCCCUGUUCUUGAUGAUACUUAAUUUCAGAAUCGGUGUCCUUUUCGACCUUAAGAUUGCGUCCAUUAACGUUAAAGUGAAGCCUGAUACCGAAAUUAAAAAAGCAGGAUUUGAAAUUGAAAGGGAAAAUCUCGAGCAACUUGACCUUCAAAAGGAAGGAUGUAAUUAUAAUAUGAAGAGAUUACAGCUUUGGCCUCUUACAUGGGAAAAUAUUGCUGGAAAAAAUCUUCAGAUGCAUAAAAGUGAAAAACUGUGA